ACCAGUCUCUGUGUGGCAACAGCCUGACGAGGAACAUCCUCCCAUAGGAGACAUAAAUACCCCGACAAAGGUCAUUCAUCUUCAAGCAUUUUAUGAAUGGAAGGCUUCUGUUUUGACUGAUUUCUUCCUGCAGCAAAGAGGAACAAGGUGAAAAGAGGAAGCUUCAAAUUUCAAGAGUUUGGAAACUUUCCUUGGUGUGGUCACAUAGAUUUUUCCCCCUCUCCCUGAUUCAACCACCAAAACCACAGAUAUUUUUUACAUCAGCACUUAAAAAUAGUCCUCACAAAACUUUCAGGGUUAUUCUACCUAAUUUACAUUUACAAAAAUGGUCUCAGAGCCAAACUUCACAACCCCCUCUCCUGGUGGUGGCUGCCCACCUGUUGGUAUUCAGCUAGAAGGCGUGAUCCUGCCCCCGGUCCUCACCAUUGAUGUCAUUCUGGGGCUGGUGGGAAACCUGGUGGCCCUGUGGAUCUUCUGCUUCAAACUGAAGGCAUGGAACCCCAACAUCAUCUUCCUCUUCAACCUGGUUAUUGCAGAUUUCCUUGCUCUAGUGAGUCUGCCGCUGAGGAUUGACGCAUUGCUCAGGGGCCACUGGGUGUUUGGAGAUGGCAUGUGCCGAAUCAACCUGUUCCUGAUGUUUUCCAACCGCACGGCGAGCAUCGCACUCAUGACUGUGGUGGCAAUUUAUCGCUACUUUAAGGUGGUCCAUCCUCACCACCGCUUCAACCGCAUGACCAAGCGACAGGCAGUGUUUGUGUCGGUGUUUGUCUGGCUGCUGGUGAUCACCCCCCGGGUUCCCAUGCUGGCUUACAAUCACAUCAAGGGCAGUAAAAACAAAACCCAGUGCUUCUUCUUCACAUCUUACAAAGAGGCGUCACGAGCUAUCAUCAUCCUGGUAGGCAUGCACCGCAUCCUCACCGUGAUGGAGUUCAUCCUCCCCAUGGCUAUGCUGCUGUUCUGCUCCAUCCGGAUCUCCAUGUUCCUGAAGGAGCGACGGAUGGGCAAACCUGGCAAGAUGCGCAAGGCAAUGCGAGUGUGUGCCGCCAUCGUCAUGGUAUUCAUGGUCUGCUUCCUACCUACCACAGUGACAACCAUCGGGGUAUGGGUCAUCCGCUCGUACCGCCCAUGGGACUGUACUGCCUUCUACACAUUCACUCAGCUCACUAUUGUGUCUCUGGGGUUGAACUUCUUGAACUCAGCCCUGGACCCCAUUGUUUACGUCUUCUCCAGCUCCAUGUUCAGGAAGGCUCUGGUAGAUGCGUUACCCCGUGCAUUGCGCUGUGGACAGGAUGCUGAGGAGAGCACGUCUUCUUCGGGAACUCAGUCAACCAACCAGGAAGAGCUGAAAACCAUGAGGCCUGACAGAAGAAGUGAGGCUUCAUAGUUAGUUGUUCCUCAAUAAUAAUGACUGGACCCAGCAGUGAAACACAUUAUUCCUGCUCUGAUUUGCUUGAUUUUGGUAUCAUUUUACAUAAAGUUGCAUUUUUGGCUUGUUUUUUGGAUGAAUCUGAAAAUCUGUUGCCUCUCCAUGUAAAUAUAUCUCAAAUUUACAUGACUGUAUAUAUUUUCUGUCGAGCUUUUCAUAUUUCUGUAAAACAUGUUUCACACACAGUUAUAGGGUCAGUUCUGUCUUGUGCUUCAUUUUUAU